AUGAUGCUCUCACUUCAACCAAAGACCUCCAUUGAUGAAGAGAUGAAGAUGAUCAAGGCGAUGAGUGCCUUGCCACAGAAGCUCCCAACGAUCUUACGGAGCCAGGUCUAUACCGACCUCCGACUCCCAGGUGGGCAGUCGCACCCCUCCGGAAAGAACCGGAGCCUGGUGUGGUUAACGGACUUCUCCUCCUGGGCAGACUUUGAGGCCUUCGAGUCGAGCCAAGAUCAUUUGUCGUUGAUGAUCUCCUUCCAGAGCAUCAUCGAGCCGCAUAGUCGCGUCUCCAUGCAGUAUGCCGAUCCCUUGCCCAUGAUUGAGGGCGUCCAUCACAUUGUGAUGUUUGACGUGAAGAAUGAACUGACCUCUGAUCAACGCACCUCGCUGGAGAGUUCCAUGAGAAGCUUGAAGCAGAGCAUCAGAGAGAUUCACAGCAUUAUUGUGGCCUCCGACUUGUCGUCGCGGGGGCGGGUUGCUGCCCUGGUAGACUUCACUUCCAUCGAGAAGUAUCAAGUCUACGAGAAACACCCCGCGCACUUGUCAAUGGUCGAACAAACCAUUAAGCCGAUCAUGACGCCUGGAACGCGCGCGGCCAUUCAGUGUCUUGGUUGUGGGCGGGCCAUGGCAGGCCAUGCUGGGUCCCUAGGCUUUGCCGCUGGUCAUAUGUCAUCCACGAAGUUGGCGCGCCAGGGAGCACACUCGCUCUUUGCGGGUGUCUUCAUCCAGAAAAUGCCCACGGACCUCUGGUGCUACCAACAGGUGAUCCAUGAUCUUCGCCCUCAGUAUAUCAUCGACUUGGGCAGCUCACAAGGAGGCAGCGCUGUGUGGUUCGCUUCGAUGCUCAAGCUCUUCGAGAUCCCUGGAAAGGUUAUCUCAGUGGAUCUCGCCUUGGAGCAAGCUUAUUGGCUCACCAAAACACGUGCAGAAGCGGCCGCCAAACGAUUGAAGGUGUCCAAGUUCAUUGACUGGAACUAUGUGGUUGGCGGGUCCAAGAACAAGGAAGUCAGAGAGAAGGUGGAGCGCCUUUGUUCGGAAGCUCCGUGCAUGGUGGUGUCGGAUUCAGACCAUGACUUCGAGCACACCUACUAUGAGAUGGCAACACGGCUGCCACUGGAGAACGUCAACUUGCGGAUGGAGUGGUAUGCACAACAUGUGGGCAUCGGCCAAUACCUCAUCGUCGAGGCGCGGGUCGUGCCGUCUCGCGGCACUGGAUGUCAGCUGCUGCCGUUGAUGCCGGGGCGUCACUGGCAGGACACCAACAUCUACGGUUGGACGGGAUGGAUGAACAUCAAUGACCCCAACGAGGCGGAUCUGAAGAAAGGCCCCAUGGAAGCGGCCAAUGACUUCGAGUUCAAGCACAGGGCAGACUUCAUUCGCACUGAUUGGUGUGCGAAGCACUACGGCGGACUCUCGCAGACACAGAAUGGCUGGUUCUUCCGCAAAGCCAAACGAGCCAGAGGUCUGAGCGAUUGA